GCACCUAGUUCAUUGAACCGAAACAUCCGCUAGUUUUAGUUCAAGCAACAGCCGCUGUCUCUGUCCUACACUCUCUCUAGCAGCCGCCCCCCUCUGCCGCAGCCUCUGCCUUCGCCGCCCUUAGAGCGUUGCCAUGUAAAUGGCGAGCCGAGAGCCGGCUUAGGGGGUGGCAAUGCCAUGCGUUUAACCCUUAAGCGGUGGCAAGUUCCGCUUGUACAUAGAAGCCGCCGUUCUGCGUUUCGCAAAAGGAAAUAUUACAACUUGUUCGGCUAAGGGUGGGUCUGCUGCCUAUUGCUCAUUUUUGGUGUUUUUUCUUUCUCCAGGGGGUUCGAGUUGAUUUCUCGCAUGUCCUGGCCCCUUAAGUUUAACCCUCCGUCUGCCGCAUUACAUAACUGGGCGGGGUACGGCACAGAGAAAAGAGAAAAGAGAGAGAGCGCUGUAACAGUUUGUCCAAAAGGAAACGAUUGAGGGGGAGGGGCAGAGAGAGAGCAAUAGCAAGAGCGGCUGGAGCGCAAAGCCUGGCCAGAAAGUCCUGCGCUCGCCUCAGAAGCAUCCUGUGCCUGUGACGCAGCGGAUCUGGCCUCGCAUUUCGCUCUGUAACCAAAAGCUAAACUAAGCCCAUAACUAAAGUAUAUUAAUCCAAAAGCAGUGUGAACGGAUAAAUUCGAAAAGCGCACCGCAAAACGAGAGUACCAGCAAAAAAGCACGCAAAUCACCGACAGAGGAAAAGCAAUAAAUUCGCUAAAGUUCAGUUCUUCCAGUGCCGAAGUGGACUUUAUGAUGGCAAAUACCGGAGCCGGCGGCGGAGUGGACACACAGGCGCAGCUAAUGCAGAGUGCAGCGGCAGCCGCUGCGGUGGCGGCAACGAAUGCCGCGGCCGCCCCAGUACAGAAUGCGGCCGCCGUGGCCGCUGCCGCCCAGCUGCAGCAGCAACAGGUGCAGCAGGCGAUCCUGCAGGUGCAGCAGCAGCAGACACAGCAGGCGGUGGCGGCGGCAGCGGCCGCUGUUACCCAGCAGCUCCAGCAGCAGCAGCAGGCCGUCGUGGCCCAACAGGCGGUGGUGCAACAGCAGCAGCAGCAGCAACAGCAACAGCAGGCGGCGGCGGUGGUGCAGCAGCAGCAGCAGCAGCAGCAGGCGGCGGUCCAACAGGCGGUGGUGCCCCAGCCGCAGCAGGCGCAGCCCAAUACCAAUGGCAAUGCCGGUUCGGGUGCCCAGAACGGCAGCAACGGCAGCACGGAGACGCGCACAAAUCUGAUUGUCAACUACUUGCCGCAAACGAUGACCGAGGACGAGAUCCGGUCGCUCUUCUCCAGCGUCGGCGAGAUUGAGUCGGUGAAGCUGAUACGCGACAAGUCGCAGGUCUACAUCGAUCCCCUCAAUCCGCAGGCGCCCAGCAAGGGCCAGAGCCUGGGCUAUGGCUUCGUCAACUAUGUCCGGCCGCAGGACGCCGAGCAGGCUGUCAAUGUGCUGAACGGCCUGCGGCUGCAGAACAAGACCAUCAAGGUGUCGUUCGCCCGGCCCUCGUCGGACGCCAUCAAGGGCGCCAAUCUGUAUGUCUCGGGGCUGCCGAAGACGAUGACCCAGCAGGAACUGGAGGCCAUCUUCGCUCCCUUCGGGGCCAUCAUAACGUCGCGCAUCCUGCAGAAUGCCGGCAACGAUACGCAGACGAAGGGCGUCGGCUUCAUUCGGUUCGACAAGCGGGAGGAGGCCACCAGGGCCAUCAUUGCCCUGAACGGCACCACGCCGUCCAGCUGCACGGACCCCAUUGUGGUGAAGUUCUCGAAUACGCCCGGCAGCACCAGCAAGAUCAUCCAGCCGCAGCUGCCCGCUUUCCUCAAUCCGCAGCUGGUGCGACGCAUUGGCGGCGCCAUGCACACGCCGGUGAACAAGGGACUGGCCCGAUUCUCGCCCAUGGCCGGCGAUAUGCUCGAUGUGAUGCUCCCGAAUGGCCUGGGCGCGGCGGCGGCGGCGGCCACAACGCUGGCCAGCGGUCCCGGCGGUGCGUAUCCCAUAUUCAUCUACAAUCUGGCACCCGAAACGGAGGAGGCUGCGCUGUGGCAGCUGUUCGGUCCCUUCGGGGCUGUGCAAUCGGUGAAGAUCGUCAAGGAUCCCACAACGAACCAGUGCAAGGGCUAUGGCUUCGUCUCGAUGACCAACUACGACGAGGCGGCCAUGGCCAUUCGGGCGCUCAACGGCUAUACCAUGGGCAAUCGGGUGCUGCAGGUCAGCUUUAAGACCAACAAGGCCAAGUAGAUUGCAGGCGGAGUGGAAGUGGAUACAGAUUAAGAUGAAGAUGCAGAUGAAGCAGCACCCCCGGAAACCAUUGUCCUGAAUCUAAACAUCCUGACACACAACCACACACAACACACAUAUAUAAAUAUGCAUGGUAUAACGGUAACUAAGCGCAACAAAACAGUAUGUGUAAAACACACACGAACAAAAAAGAAAACAAGAAAGCAUCAGGCAGGAGAAAGUAUUCUCGAACGACAACGAAACGGCGUAAACCCAAACCCAGAACCCUUUUUAACUACACAUAGAUAUCCCCAUCCAAUCCAAUCCAAUCCAAACCCCAAAAAAAAACAAAACAAAACCGCCGGCCAAAAGCGUUGCAAUAGCAAAAUUCUUCUUGUUUAGCAUUUAAGUAACAAAUCAUUAACUAAACGAAACAAACAAAAGAAGGGAGCUGCCUGAAGUUGAGGAGAAGAAAAGCAGGGGAGUGAGAAUGAACCAUGAGAUUAUAAGGAAAAAUUGCAAUAUUAACAACACACUCUGGCAGCUGUGGAAAGAAAGAAAGGUCAAAGGUUGCCGCAGUCAAAUUAGUCGCAAAGCAAAACAAAGAAAUCAACCAAACACACAAAAAAAAAACAAAGGGAAAAAGCAAAAAACUAUGACAAAUUUAACUUUACUAGCAAAAAAAGAAAAUGAGAAAUUUUAAAAAUUUAUUAACCUUAAGUAAAACGCAGCAAUGAAAUCUUCCAAACAAAUGAAAACAAGAAAUCUGUUAGUUACACUCCAACUUUUUCUACCAUAAAAACUUCAAAACUUGAAUCUAAAAAAGAGGAUAAGGAAAAGGAUAAGAAGAAAAACAAAAACAGAAUUAAGAAAUUAGAGGAGUUCAGUGUCUAGGAUUUAUACAAGGUGGCCCGAUGGGACAUCAGUUUGGCUUGAUCGAAAACGGGGGCGGGACAAAAAGUAUUCGACGGGGCGAUCGAGAGGAUCUCGAGCAUAUAAUAGAUAUAUAUUCAUAACAUGGAGGCUGCUACAGUAUUACAAGAAACAUAAAAACA